GACACACUCAUGUUCAUAUUGGGUUAUUUAUUGAUUUACAGAAUUGUGAUUCUUCUUAUUCUUUGUUACUACUGGCUGUUUUACAGCUCUUACAGUCAAGGAGUGAGUGGAGUUCAGCUUUGGUGAAUUUGACAUGUUUAACUGUGACUUUAAGCAGUUUGGAUUGAAACUCAACCUCACAAACUGUUAUGAUGAAGCUCCGCCCAUCACCUGACUCACCUGAGACAAACCAAGAAACAGGUUUUUAUUCUGUCAACACACACACACUGAGAGACGGUCGAUAAGAUUCACCUUCAGACUAAAACCACCACUUCCACUGAGAGAGGACAUCUACGGGAGGGAAUACUGGGAAUACUGGAAUACUACCACUUCAACCAGCUGCUGAAUCCACAAACUGAACCAGAGUUUAACAAGAACAACGACUCAAAGUUAAAGUAACUUUCAGGGAACAGGGAGUGGCUGAGCCGUCUGCCUGCUGUGUUUUCAGCUUCACUCAGAGACUAAAUGGCUUCCAGAUUAGAGGACGAUCUCUGCUGUUCUGUCUGCCACGACAUCUUUAAAGAUCCUGUCAUCCUGUCAUGUAGCCACAGCUUCUGUAAAGUCUGUCUGCAGAGCUGGUGGACAGAGAAACACGUCCGAGAGUGUCCACUUUGUAAGAGAAGACAUUCAAAGAACGUCCUACCUCCUAACUUGGAUUUAAAGAACGUGUGUGAGAGUUUCUUACAGGAGAGAGAUCAGAGAUCUUCAGAGGCUCUCUGCAGUCUGCACUCUGAGAAACUCAAACUCUUCUGUCUGGACCAUCAGCAGCCGGUGUGUCACAUCUGCAGAGAUUCAGAAACACACACCAACCACAGAUUCAGACCCAUCGAUGAAGCUGCACGACAACACAAGAAGGAACUUCAGGAAACUCUGGAGCCCUUAAAGGAGAAGUUAAAGGUUUUUGAAAGAGUUAAAGUGAAGUUUGAUCAAACAGCAGAAUACAUGAAGGUCCAGGCCCGACACACAGAGAGGCAGAUUAAGAAGCAGUUUAAGAAGCUUCACCAGUUUCUAGAAGAGGAAGAGGAGGCCAGGAUGGCUGCACUGAGGGAGGAAGAGGAGCAGAAGAGUCAGAUGAUGAAGGAGAAGAUGGAGGCUGUGAGCAGAGAGAUAGCAGCUCUUUCAGACACAGUCAGAGCCACAGAGGACGAGCUGAGAGCUGAAGACGUCUCAUUCAUGCUCAACUACAAGGCUGCAGUGGAAAGAGUCCAGCAGCGCCCCCUGUUGGAGGAUCCACAGCUGCUCUCAGGAGCUCUGAUAGACCAGGCCAAACACCUGGGCAACCUGACCUUCAACAUCUGGAACAAGAUGAAGGACAUGGUCUCCUACACUCCUGUGAUUCUGGACCCAAACACUGCUAGUCCAAGACUCAUCCUGUCUGAAGAUCUGACCAGUGUGAGACGAGAAACAGAGAGACAGCAGCUUCCUGAUAAUCCAGAGAGGAUUAAUGCUUGCUUGUACCGCUCUGUCCUGGGCUCUGAGGGCUUUAACUCAGGGACUCACAGCUGGGACGUCCAGGUUGGAGACUGUAUAUACUGGUUACUGGGUGUGUUUGCAGAGUCUGCCCAGAGGAAGGGAGACAUAUGGUCUGGAUCAUGGGCAUUGUGGUUCAGAGGUGGUAAAUACAAUACAUUUUCCCCACCAAAUGAAUCCACUGAUCUCGUAGUGCAGAAGAAGCUCCAGAGGAUCAGAGUGAAUCUGGACUGGAACAAAGGAAAGCUGUCGUUCUCUGAUCCUGAUACUAACACACACAUACACACCUUCACACACACUUUCACUGAGAGGAUGUUUCCAUACAUUAGCACUUUGCAUCUCCCACUGAAGGUUUUACCAGUGAAGGUCUCUGUGACUAUAGGACAACAGAAAUAGAUGAAGAUGAUGAUGAUGGUGAUGAUGAUGAUGAUGAUGAUGAUGGUGACAUGCUGAAUAUUCUUCUGAGUCUUUGAGGAACAUGUGACUAUGUUGUCCUGAUGAUGAUGUUGGUUGUCAUGGUGAUGUGGAUGACAUCUACACUAAAACAACAAACAAUAAGAAACAUGUAAAAAAUGUUUAAUUUAAAGUCAAAGAGUUUAAAACAACAGACAAAUAGUAUAAACAAA